UCUGAUUCAAGUCUUUCAACGGGAAUAGUCAUGCAAAUAUAUUGGAUUCUGGUGCUUCUCUUCCUCCACAUAGAAGCAGACGUUACUCUAUCGACGGAAAAUAGCUUCGAGAAGAGUGCUCACUGUGAGGUGACCCGCGAUGAGGACGAUGAGCGGUGUGGCGCCAUUUGCUAUCCGAUUGUGAAGCCGCUACUCCGGUACGCGGCCCUAUGCCAGGGGAAGGAUGCAACGAUUAACGACCUCAAGGAUGAAAUCCGAAAGAAAGAUGUUUACAACGCCCAAUUGGAAAGCAAGCUUGAGCUUGCCAAGUCAAUGGAAAUGCAGGCAAAUAAACAGAUGGAGGAUCUCAAGGAACAGGCGGAUGCCAGGCAGAAGAGCUCGGAUCAACAGCUGAAGGUCAAGGAUACUGAAUUGCUUCUGAAGGCAAACGAAAUGGUGAAAAUGGCGAGAGAAAUAAAGGGCCAGGUCUCAAAAAUGGAAAUGCAGAUUCAAGCUAGAGAGGCUCAAAUGAAAUCAAAUGAUAAGUCAAUCAGAGAACUGGUAGAUCAAGUGAACUUUCUUAAACAAACAUGGACAGGCAGCUGUCUCCCAUUCACCAAUUCCACUGACAUCCAUAUCAUAAAUUUGCCCGGAAUAGGCUUAAUCUAUGUACCCUGCAAUUCCAGUGUGUCCGGAUCUGGGUGGACUGUAAUCCAGAGACGAGUAAAAGGCAAUUUGGACUUUAAUCGCACUUGGAGCGAAUACAAGCAUGGGUUCGGGCACCUCCGGGAGAACUUAUUCCUGGGACUGGAAAAAAUCCAUCUAAUGACCCUGCUCCAGCCUCACGAGCUGUACGUCCAAAUCCAACAUGUUAAUGGAAGCACCAGCUAUGCUCGUUACGAUGAUUUUAAAAUAGGAAGCGAAGCGGAAGGCUACAAACUGAAAUCUUUGGGAAAAUAUUCAGGAACAGCUAGAGAUUCCUUAACUAAAUAUCACCUGAACAUGAAAUUUUCCACAUGGGACAAUGACAAUGACGUUUAUGCGGCAAGCAAUUGCGCAAACGAUUAUGGAGGUGGUUGGUGGUUUUGCUAUUGCUCGACUAGUUUCCUCAAUGGAAAAUAUUAUGAAGAUGGCAAAAGAAGUCUCAAUCAAAGAUACGGCAUUCAUUGGGCGGACUACACGAUCUCGCUUACAUUUUCUCAAAUGAUGAUAAGACCAAAGAUCUUUCACAGAUAAAAGAUCUUUCACAGAACAUACAAAUGGUUAAAUCGAUGCUUAAGGGCGAUUUGAUCGAACCAAAUUCCAUUAGUUAUUAAAUAUGUUUUUAGUUGGGGAAAUUUGAAAGUCGAGGAGUCGAGGAACACGUGGCGCGACACUGUAAUAGCUUCUAGAAUAUGUAUAUUCGUAUCCUCAUUCACGGGGAAUCCUCUAUGGGAAAUUCUACCAUACCAUAUUAAUCCAUUCUGAUGCAGUUUCUGCAAUCUAGUAGCUUGUUUAUGAGUAAGACACAAAAAUGAUGUUCAAGGAUAUAUGCAAUGGCAAAUAAAUACCGCCAAGCUGCCAUCAUUCCAUGCCGCGAAUCCAUCAGAAAUCUUCGAUCUUACCUACAAAAAAAAAAAAUAAUAAAGAAAAUAUUGGUAUUAGUUUGAUUCGAUUUGUGCAUAAAAUAAAAUACCUAAAGUUAA